GAGCUGAUGGGGUCAGCGUGGGGUAAGCAGACCGAAGGGGGGCGGCACAGUGUGGCCGGGGAAGGACACUUUCAUUUGCAAAGCAACAGAUCAGAGCGUAAAAAAACUUCAGUAACCUAUCAUCAUGCAUGUGUCCUGCUACCAGAAGAUUUGUGUCAUGUAAACAAGAGGCUUGAGGGGAAAAAAGACUGAGAAAAACAAGAAAGCACAAAAGAGGAGCAGACAAACGCAGCAGUAACCCUGAGCUCAGAAAUGGCCAGCACCCAGACCAGCUUGAAAACCCCUUUCAAAGACUUGACCUCAUUCAAGGGCAACAUGAAGCGGCUGUACAGAGAGCGAAUGGAAGAUGCACCCAUCAAGAAGCGAGUCAUGGCCGAGAUCAACCUGAAGCGGCGCAGCUUGGAUUCCUUCCCAAAAACUCCCAGGGUGAAGAGGGAGCAGACCGAGGAUCUGCACCACGAAGCUGACAUGGAUGUGGAGGGGCGGGCUGAACUGCAUGUAGUGGGCUCUGCUAAAGCCCUAGACCUAAGUCCUGGGCUUAAACACACACUGGCCCAGUUCACCCUUAGCAGCCAGAGCUCCCUUGGGGGCCCAGCUGCCUUCUCAGCCCGUACAGGCCAUGAGCAUUCUCCUGCCGGCCUGCCUCCCCUGCCCUCCCCCCCUGUUUUGGGAGGGGGCCCUCUACUGGUUCCCUGUGACAGUUCUACUGAACUCACCCACUCGCUGCUGGAGGGAGAGUCCAUCUCCUGCUUCGUUGUAGGAGGCGAGAAAAGGCUCUGUCUGCCUCAGGUGCUCAACUCUGUGCUCCGUGACUUUUCUCUGCAGCAGAUCAACACCGUAUGUGACGAGCUCUACGUCUACUGCUCACGCUGUGACGCUGAGCAGCUGCACAUCCUCAAGGUGCUGGGCAUCUUGCCGUUCAAUGCACCUUCCUGUGGCCUCAUUACGCUGACGGAUGCACAGCGGCUGUGCAAUGCUCUGCUGCGUCCCGGGGCAGCCUUGCCUGCUGACCCCAGUGGUAAGCUGUCGGCCCAGGGCCUGCUGAAGGAGAGCGAAGCCAGCUUCCAGGUGGAGCACCAGUGUCUGGGGAAGUGCCAGGGUCUCUUUGUGCCCCAGUUCUACACCCAGCCCGAGGCGCCCUGCAUCCAGUGUGUUGAGUGCCAGUUGCUCUUUUCUCCACAGAAGUUUGUCAUGCAUUCACACAAGUCACCUGAUAAGAGGACCUGCCACUGGGGCUUUGACUCAGCCAAGUGGCCCUGCUACCUGCAGCUUGCCAGGAAGUACCAGGGGACCCCUGAGGAGCCCAAGCUCAAGCAGCUGCUGGAUGAGGUUAAAGAGAAGUUCCACUAUCAACUCAAGAGGCCACUAGACAAAAAACCAGGGGAAGAAGAGGAAAGCCAGGUGAGAAAGUCCACAGUAGAUCUCUGCUCCACUAACGACAAAUUGGCUGAUGCCGACUCUGCAAGAAAGGGGAAACCAACACCAGCUCUGGUGUUCAACCGUCUUUUCACGGAUAUCAAGGAGGAGCCAGAACACCCCACCCUGGUCCAUCCCAGUUACUAUAUGUACACAUAUGACAAGAUGGUGGCUCCCAACGUGUCACUGAGGAGGGAGGCAGAGAUGAGCCCCGAGAUGCUUGGAGUGCUGCUCAAACACCACUACAGCCGCAGAGUGCUGAGCCAUGACGAGCCACCAAUGGAUCUUCACGCGUCACCUCCCAUCACUGCUGGCGCCGAGGAGGCCAAAUCCCAAUGUGCUGCUGCUGCUGCUGCCUCGGCCACCGAGCGGGAUUGCCAAACCCAGCCAGUUUCCAUGGAGACAAGCAGCCCAGGCUGCAAGAAAGCCACUCACAUCCCUUCCCACACCCCUCCUCCUCCUGCAUCGUUGUUGUCAUCGGUAACGGAAGUAGUAGCUAAGGACAUGAGCUCUGCCACAAGCGACGGUGCGGUAGUGGUAGGGGGGCUGGAGGAUGACAAGGACAGGAUUGUUGUGGAGAUCAUGCAGAUGUACAGCAGGCAGCAGGAGAAGCUCAACUCCACCCUGCACAAGCAGCUGCAGCUGGAAAUGGAACUGGAGGCGUUGCGUGGGGGUGAAGCGGCGAGGCUACGGGAGCUAAGCGCUGAGCAGCGGGAGCUGCGCAGCGAGCUGGAGGCGGUGCACAGCGAGCAGGCUCGGCAGCUCAGCCAGGCCCGCCAGGAGCAGUUGGAGCUGGAGACCCGUCUAGAGCAACUUCGACAACAGGCCUGCGCAUGCGAGCCGGGGGCUCAACGCCAACAAGAGGCCCACUACACUGCACAGUUGUCGGAGCUGCGCCAGAGGUUGGAGCGGGCGGAGGCUGACCGGCAGGAGCUGCAGGAGGAGCUGCGCAGGGAGCGGGAAGCGAGAGAGAAGCUAGAGCGCACGAUCACUCAGCUCAAGCAGCAGAUGGCCCAGUCUGGCACGAUGGGAGGCAGCCCCUCUCCUCCUCUCACUCCCUCCACUGGACCCCUGAACGCCCACUCCCCACCCUGCUCUUCCUCCAUGUCUGAGGCCCCAGUGGCUGGCCAAAAGUAACUGCAAUCCCUCCAGGCGCCUCCCUCCCUCCUUCCCUCAUUCCUCUUCAGUCACCCGCCAACUCUACACACACACACACACACACACACACACACACACACACACACAAAUCAGCCUGAAGCAAAAAGGAGCUCCACAUCUCCUCAGGCUGUUUUUCUGAGUUGUGCAGCGUCCCUUCUUCCCCUUUUAUCUCAGUGUAGGACUGACUUUUGUUUUCAUAAUUUAACAUGACUUAAGUUUUGUCUUUUUUUUUUUGCUUCCCUCUCUUAUCUUUAAAACAGUAUUUAAAAAUGUUUGGGCAUGUAUGUUUGAAUUAAUUUAUGGAUUUUACUGAACAAACAGCUGCUUUACAGAUAGGAAGAUGGUCAUGUAGAGACCAACUCAACCCAUCUCUAUCUCCACAUCUCUAUUGAGUCUCCUCUCAUGUUCCUUCCUGCUCUCUGGUUCCUGGAGUUAAUAACUUGAUUUUGGAUUCUCCACUUUUCACUAACAGCACUUCAUGCUACUAGCUGGCACAGCAACCAGUGCCCACGGACACAUAAUGCUGCCUGGUUGUGUGCCUCAUCCUUCUCUGUAAACAUGAAGCCCAAAUGCUCAAGUACCAGUGCGUAAAGGAGACUGAAUGGACAUUUCAAUUUUUUUUUUUGUUUUGUUUUGAAAUCCUUAUAAACAAAAAGAAAAGUAUAAUAUGUUAAAAAAAACAAAGGCUUUAUUGAGGGGAGAGACCUUUUACUGUACAAAAGACGACAUUUGCAGAUGUCACAAAACCUCAUGAUAAUAUGCCAUAGUGAUGCUGAACUUGAAGUGACUGUUUUUUGUGUGACACCUUACAAGGUAGCUAUCUAUGAAAAAUUCUGGCCUGGAUCACAGACUGGUUUCCUCUUCACUCUGCUGGGCAGCACCUGGACUCUCCUGCCAUUAUUCCACCAGCUGCCCAGCCCUGCUCUCACUUUUCCAACCUGACCUGCUUUGUAGUAAACAGGAAAACAUUGAGCUCCUCUCGGACUUGGCUUCAAAGCUCUCUUCCUCCCAAAUCUUCUGAGAGAGGAAUGUGUCUGGACACAGGUGUAGCUUUUCAAAAAAAAAAAAAGAAGGAAAAGCUGGGUGUCACGUGUGUGUGGUAACUGCUCCG